GUUUUGUCGCGCAGUGCUGACACUCCUUCCGAUUCACGGCAUUCGUGAAAUCAAACCUUUCUGUCUGUUUGCAGUUCACCGUAAGUGACGGCAUUUUAUGGCAGCGUUGGACGCUAAUGACGGCGGCCAGCUGCGUGACAAACGGCGGGCAGAGAGAGUGAUGAAGGCGGCGCGGUGUGGAGUCCUGUAACGGCUGCACCAUGAUCCCCGUGUCCCUGCUGGUGUUUGUGAUGGCAGGCUGGUGUGCUGUCUAUCUGGCGGACACGCUGCUCAGGUCAUCGGUGACGCAUCGGAUCAGCUAUGAGUCAUGGCUCGCCAGUCGUGGCCUGAUGUUGUCUCCUUUUCACGUGAGAUGGCAAACCACCAUGUUCAACCGACUAUUUGCAUACUGCGCCCGCAUCAACCCCCGGGCUCUUUACAUGUGGUUCAACAGUGGUCUGGUGUUUGGCAUCGCUGCCAUGUUGGGCUCAGUGGUGCUGCUGAUAAGGACUCUGCAGCAGACCAUCGCUCAGAUGACCACAGACAACCCACGGAUUGGAGAUCCACAGACCCUGCAGGUGGUGGUCCCCGGCGUUAAUCUACCCACAAGUCAGCUGGCCUACUUCUUCAUCGCCCUGCUGCUCAGUGGAGUAAUACAUGAGCUGGGCCACGCUGUGGCAGCACUGAGGGAGCAAGUGCGAGUGAAUGGAUUUGGGAUGUUUGUGUUCGUAGUUUAUCCUGGUGCAUUUGUGGACCUCUUCACCACACACCUCAACCUCAUAUCACCGGCUCAGCAGCUCCGCAUCUUCUGUGCCGGUGUGUGGCACAACUUUGUUCUGUGUUUGGCAGCGUUGGCCUUUCUCUUCCUGUUGCCUCUCCUCCUGUUUCCCAUGUACGCCACCGGAGCUGGAGCGCUGGUCACAGAGGUUGUGCAGAGCUCUGCAGCUGACGGUCCCAGGGGUCUGUCAGUUGGGGACAUAGUGACAGGCCUGGAAGACUGUCCCGUCAGGGGAGUGGAGGACUGGACCAGCUGCCUGUCUCACCUCGCUCACACACCACAGACGGGAUACUGCGUCCCUGUCGCCAGCCUGCAGCCCAGCUGGGCUCAUGGACGAGCUUUCAAGCGUCUGGAUGGAACGAUGGACUGCUGCAGCAACAACAGCCUGACCGACCUCUGCUUCUCUUACAUUAAAUCACAGGGCAGGAGCAGCAGAGAGAGAGAGUACGCCUGCAUGCCAGUACGUAAGAUGGUGACGGGAACGCGAGUGUGUCAUACAGAUGACGACUGUGCUGCACAUUCCCACACUGCCAGCAUUUGCGUCACGCCUUCUCUGGAGAACCAGACUCGCUUCAUCCGUGUCACACACCCUCCCAACACGCACAUGCUGUUCGUGGGAUAUCCGCCACACCUGCAGUAUGCAGUGAGUCUGACUAACUUUGUCCCUCGCUUUGGAUUCCUCCACCUGGACCUUCCUGUAUUCCUAGAAACCUUCUGCAAAUACGUGGUGUCCCUCUCUGGCGCAUUAGCAGUAGUCAACUCUGUGCCGUGCUUUGCUCUCGAUGGUCAGUGGAUGCUGAACGCCCUGCUGGAGGCCACGCUGGCCAGUGUGGUAAUAGACCGUCAGAAGCGUGAGCUGAUUGGUUUCUUCCUGCUCCUGGCAGGCAGUGCCCUGCUGGCGGCCAACGUGGCGCUGGGCCUGUGGAUGGUCACGGCACGGUAGCCACAGCGGUCAGCUGCCCCGGUGGACUGAGAGAUGUUGUCUCAGGAUGCGUUUGAGUGUUGUGGACCAUUAAACUGUGAACAGACUGCAUUACUCAGAAGCACUGCCCACCUUGUGGAGACUGUUGAGUAUAACAUCACUCUGCCUUUAAAAUUGGACCACCAGGGAAAACAACUUUAAUCCACCUUGUUGCUGCCAUAAAUCCAAAAGCACACAAACAAGUUAACAAAUGCACUUGCUGUAAAGCACUGUCCUAUGUGACUGUUUACAAAGACUGUACUGAUGAAACAUGUGUGUUUGUGUUUUUCAUUACGUUGAUUCCAAAAAUGCCAUAUUUUCCUGAGGUAUUGACUAAGCUAACCUGUGGACACAAAAACGUUUAAGGAGCUUUCUUUUGUUUUCUGGUGAAUGCAUGGCAAUAUAAUAAUCUUGAAUUCCUUAUCACUGUUGAAAAACUUUACUACCUACUGUUCAUGAAAACAUGAAUUAUUUAAUUAAAUGAAUGGACUCCUAUCAAUUUGACCCUAUUUAAAUGGUGUCUAUCCUUCAGAUUGAUCUGGCAUUGCAGUGCGAAAAUUGCUUUCUUUUUCACUCACCUUUUCUUUAUGUGUACGUUUUAUUUUUUAUUAUAUGUCUGCCAUAUAGUUGCAAAAGUCAAUUUCUAGAAAUUGUGAAAUAAAAAUAACAGUUUUUCCUC